UUUAUCGAGGAAUUUUUUGUGAUGGUCCCAAGAAAAUUAAAGUUGCUGUUAAAUUAUUUAGCUACAGUACAACUUCGAUAAGGUUUGAAAAAUUGGAAGAUUUACUAAAGGAUCCGAAAAAUGAGAUGGAUGUAUUUGAGGCAUUUUAUAAUCAAAAUCAUUCAGACCAAAGUGGCAUUAUUAAAAUGUUUGAUGGCGGUGAAAUUCAAAAUAUCGUGUAUGCGGAUAAAGAUACUCGAGUCGGUUUUAAAUAUCUAAUUAUAACUGAAUUGGGAGGAGAUAACUUUUUUAAAUAUAUUGAAGAUGAAAUCUACGUCAGAAAAGGACUUUCAGAAUCGGAAAUAAUGACGGAAUUAGAGCAACCAGCAACUUGUCUUAUUCAAAUUCACAAAGGUUUCUUCAUACUUGUAUUUAUUUAAAUAUUUUAGUUGCUAUUCAUAUGGAUUUUAAACCAGAAAAUCUUGUAUUUGAUUCUAAAAACAAUUUAAAAGCUAUAGACUUUGGAGGAAGUAUUCUAUUGCCUAAAGAAAAAUCUCGUUCAGAUGGAAUUCGAGUAAAAAGGAAAACCACAUCGCUUUAUAUAAUGCCGCCUGAGAUAAAUAUACCGCUAAAAUUUGAACUAAAUAAGAAUUAUAAAUCUAAGAAUUCUGCUACAUACAGCAAAGAAUAUGC